CAAAAGAGUUUUUCGAUCGUGAAAAAUCAUGGGACAUUUGACUCACGUGAAGAAAGUGUGAAACCGAUUUUAACUUUCCAUACAGUCAACCAGAGAAGACACAAUAACAUAAAGGAAUCUGUUAUGCUUAAUGGAGGCGAGACGACCUUUCUCUCUGCUGACAACCAGCAAUUUUGUGUUGAAAUGAAAUUCCCUGAGUGUAAAACAUCUAAUAGCAUUAAAUCACAAUGCAGUAAGCAUCAGAAACAGAACAAUCCCAGUGCUCAUCAGGGAAUCCAUAAUGGAGAGAAACGCCAUGUGUGCAGUUACUGUGGAAAAGGGCUUUCACAGAAGAGACAACUCGUCAUCCAUGAGGGAAUCCAUACAGGUGAGAAACCCUAUACGUGUACUCAGUGUGGCAAAGGCUUCAACAGUAAACCUUCUCUCACCAUUCAUCAGCGAACUCAUACAGGUGAGAAACCCUAUACAUGUAGUCUGUGUGACAAAGCCUUUACCAGUAAACAGGGCCUCAGCAUUCAUCAGCGAACUCAUACUGGUGAGAAGCCCUAUCUAUGCAGUGAGUGUGGAAAAGCCUUCGCCUUGAAGAGUACUCUCAGAAUCCAUAAGCUGAUUCACAAUAAAGUAAAACCCCAUAUAUGUACUGAUUGUGGAAAAGGCUUCGUAGGGAAGACAAGGCUUAUUCUCCAUCAGCGAAUUCAUACUGGUGAGAAACCCUAUACAUGUGAUCAGUGUGGAAAACGAUUCACCAGGAAAGGUACUCUCAGUGAACAUUACCGAACCCACAGUGGCGAGAAGCCCCACGUAUGUAAUGACUGUGGAAAAGGCUUUUUAUGGAAGAGAAUGCUUAUUGUCCAUCAGCGAACUCACACUGAUGAGAAACCCCAUAUAUGUUCUGAUUGUGGAAAAACCUUAUCAGGGAAGAAAAACCUUAAGAUUCAUCAACGAAUUCAUACUGGUGAGAAAACUCAUGUAUGUAGUGAUUGUGGAAAAUGCUUCUCAGGAAAGACAAGGCUUAAGAUUCAUCGACGAAUUCAUACUGGUGAGAAACCACAUGUAUGUGGUGAAUGUGGCAAACGCUUUGCUCAGAAAGGAAAUCUCCAAACUCAUCUACGAAUUCAUACUGGAAGCAAACCCUAUGUAUGUGGUCAGUGUGGUAAAGCUUACAGCCAAAAGUCAUCUCUUAUAGCACAUGAGAGAUUUCACACAGGAAAGAAUCCCUUUCUAUGCAAUCAGUGUGGAAAAUCUUAUACCCAGAAGUCAGUACUCAGUCAACAUCUGAAAAUUCACAAAGAGAAACCCUUUUACUGUAGUGAGUGCUACACAGCUUUCAGAACCAAGGAAGAGCUCGUGACUCAUCAAGUAUAUCAUCGAAGACAGUUAUCAUAUACCUGCCAUGAGUGCGGGCUAACUUUUACCUGUAUUUCUACGUUUUCUUCACAUAAGGAAACCCACAAAAGUAAAAAUGCUUUAAAUCCAGACACGGUGGGAAAGCUCUCCUCAGGGAGUCAGGUGUCCUCGCACACCAGCGAUCUCAUGCAGAAGGAACGCCCUGGCAAAAGAGUGACUUUGCAAGUUCCUUGUGUGGCUUCUGUGUCAGUGAACACCAGUGGGGUCCCCAUGAAUAAGAAUGACGUUCUUGUGGGAGGGCCUUUGGCCAGAAAGGAAUCAAGUGACAACUAUGGAUUUGUACAGCAGAGAAUUCCUCAGAAUACAGUGAAUGUGGCAGUGCCUUUCAAUCCCGGGACUGUGGUAGUUCCCCCAGGUGUCUAGUUACAGUUUAAUUUUAUAAGGGCAAACUGUGAUACAUUUUUAUAAGGAUAAACUGUGAUACAUUAAUGGGACAAGAGAAUAGAACAAAGUAUCUCCAUAAUUAUAUGGCUACAAAGUGUAUCCUGUGGCAAAUCAGGAAUCUAGAGGCUGGGAAAUUCCACUAGAUAUGCACAUAUCAAAAUUAAUAAUGUGAAUUUCAAAAUGAAUGUGUAAAUGCUAUCUGGAAUGUUGGUUCAUGUUAGUUACUAUUAAGUCAAUUCUGACACAUUGUAUCCCCACUUGGUAUAAAUAAGAAUUUACUUACAAGAGAAGCCCUACUGGGUCAUAAUAUUGGAUUGUUGGGAUUAUCCACACACUUUAGCUGAGUUUUCCCAGGUCAGUAUAAAGGAGCAGUUCAAAUGCAGAAUUUCCACAGUGCGUUUUAGAAAUUAAUGAUUAGAACAGGUUCAAAACAAAACAAAACAGGAAGACCGAUGAUCCAGUAGUCAGACUUCUAGUGCCGACUCGGGACUAAGGAAUAUUUAUCACUCAGUGUCUUUGGACUUGGCCCUGUUUCCUGGCUCUGAGCUUGAAGUCAUGAAUGAACAAGAAACAUACCAGACUUUAUUGGACUUUAUUUAUUAAUUAAGUAAAUAUUAAAUAUUUAUUUAAUAUCCAGUAUAUUAAGUACACUGGAGUAUAUUUAAGUGGAAUCUUCAUAACCCCAGCUAAUCAAGUGAUAAUGUGAUAUUUAUAUCAGUUUAAAGAGAAAAGGGAACAUUGUGACAAUGGCUUUGGGUCUGAGAAAAUCAGUGUCAUUACUGUUGAGUUGAUUCCUAGUCCUGAGCGUCAAGCUGUAUAAUUAAACUAUGAGGUUUCCGUGGCUGAGUUACCUGUAAAUGCCUCACCAGGAAUUUCUUUGCAGCUAAAUCCAGGUGCACUCAAACCCCCAGCCUUUUAGGUCAGCAGAGGAAUACAUUAAUUGUUUAAACCGUAAAUGCCUUCCCUAAGGACUUCUUUGAAAGUACUGAACCAUUCUAGAGAACACGGUUAUAUUUAAGAGUCCAUGUCCUAUCUCACCAAGGAUUGAUUAUACAUUCCUUCAUAGUUUUAGUUACAAUUUGGUUAUAAGAGUUUCGGGGGGGAAAAAAAAAGAAUUUCUGUAUGUGAUUAUUGUUUUAGAUAAAAGAAUUUGGGAGAUUUCCUCCCUUAUCUCAAA